GCAAAUGGGAACUCGUAAGAGCCGCACACUGACGUUUCACAAGCACAGAGAGAGAGAGGGGGAGAGAGAGGAACCGAAAGCAUCAUUACUUCAUCAACACCUCACAGAGACAGUCGAGAGCCUUAAGCACCUGUGUGCAACUUCAGGAGCGAGUUUUGCGCCAGAGUUGCAGCAUGUUCCCCACUCGGCGUUUUGAGUCCAAGCGUACUGACAUGGUUUUCGCUUAACGCGUUGAACAUUUCUGGAGGACGUUUGUUUUAUUCCAGCUAAUGUGAGAUCGCAAUUUUCAUUGGAAUGAUGUGGACCUUACAUGACGGUGUUGGAUUUGUGCUCUUUUCCUGUUUGUCUAUUCAAGUUGGAUUUUCUCUUGACGGGACGUUUACCGAUUUACCUACUAACAUCACUGCGAGAGAAGGACAGAACAUUGAAAUGGCAUGCGCAUUUCAAAGCGGGAUGUCCUCUGUUUAUUUAGAGAUCCAGUGGUGGUUUAUUCGUGCACCGGAGGAAACGCUUACAAGCGAGGAGGAUGAGGACGACAGAGAGAUGGAGCUGAUCCCAGAACCAGACCCCGAUGAAGAAGGGACCAAAAUAAGUACAGUUAAGGUCCAAGGCAAUGACAUCUCCCACAAGCUGCAGAUCUCUCGGGUAAGCAAGAACGACGAGGGGCUGUACGAAUGUCGCGUCACGGAUGCUAACUAUGGAGAGCUCAAGGAGUACAAGGCCCAGGCCUACCUGAAAGUCAACGCCACAAUCCGACCCCGUAAUCGGGCCAUUAAGAAGACCUCGCCGCUGCACUUGACUGAUAAGAAACCUCGCAAGAACAGCUCGGCUUUGGGCCAAGACACCAACGGCAUGAGCUCGGACCAGAGGUCUCAGUCCACUUCUACCUCUCAGUCGUCACAAUCCAAAACAGUCAAACACAGCACAGGGUCAGGUACGAGGAUAGCCACAAGUAAUGGACUUGCUGUUCUCCUCCUAACAUCUGCUCUCGUGAGGGGAUCAUUGCUAUAGUUUCAAGACUGUGACUCUUUCCCAAAAUCCUCUUACUUCAAAGCCAAGAGAAAAUGCCUGCUUUUGGAUGGAGCGGAUGGCACAGUUGUUCCUUACUUCAAACCACUACGCAGCACCCACUGUUGUAUAACGAUCGUCACCAGAAGCACCUUUCUUUCGAAAGCCUACAAAACUGCCAUACCGGACACGUGCUUAUUGCUUCAAAUCCAACAGAAGACAAAAAUGGAUACAGACUCUUAUGGGAUCUUGCACCCAAAUAUAUAUAUAUAUAAAUAUAUUAUUUUUGUUUUUGUUGGCCUUUUAUCUCCAGCUGUGAAUUUAAUACAUUGCUCUGAAGUUCGGAAAAGUCUAUAUUUGUGUAACGGAUAUACAGUAUAUAAAAGUAUUUGAUUUAAAAUCCCCUCGACUAUGUACAGAAGACAUUCAUUCUAGUGUAUUCAUAUGCAGAGACAGCCUUUGAAAAAAGAUAAGAGAAAAUUACAGCACCACAGCUUUAGUACAUUGUGUCUGGGUCGCUUAUUGAGCCAUGCUUAACUAUGUGGUAAAUCACAGUGUGUAUUCUGCAUUGAGCUGCAGUGAUUUGCAUUAAUGCAGAUGUUUUUUGCUUAAAUGUAUGUUUCUUUUUUGUUCGUUUGGCAUAAUAAAUGUGAGUACUGUAUAUUA